UCUGUGCAGUGUGAAAACAACAUAACCUGCUCUGCUCUUGUGCCUCAGUGUCAUUCCUGGAAAACCUACCUGACCAUGAUGCACUGGUCGCUGAGGCGGCAGAGCUCCUGGGCCCAGCUGGCUGGACAUCAAGGUAACUUCCAGCUGAGUAACGAGGGAGAGGUGCUGAAACUGCACAAUGAAGAGGAGGCGAAGUGUCUCGAACGCCUGAUGAGGGACCCACUGAGACCCUUUGUCCCAGAGUUUCACGGCACGGUCACCAGGGGGGAGCGCUGCUACAUCCGGCUGGCGGACCUGCUGAGCGGCCUGAGGAAACCUGUGAUCAUGGACUGCAAGAUGGGAGUAAGGACAUACCAGGAGGAGGAGUUUGCUAAAGCUAACACCAAAGACCUGCGGAGUGACAUGUACCAGAAGAUGGUAAAAAUAGAUCCGUCCACCCUGUCACAAGAGGAACACAGACAGAGAGGUGUGACCAAGUGGCGCUACCUUCAGUGGAGGGAUACAACCAGUUCUACAUCCACACUAGGCCUCAGAAUAGAGGGCAUCAUGAUGGAGGACGGCAGCGUCCAACGGGACUUCAGACAAAUUAAGUCUUUAGCUCAGGUCACAGAGGCAUUGCUGUACUUCACCAGAAAGCAGCUGGACGUCCUGAAAGCCUAUCACUCCAGACUACUGGCCCUGAGUGAUGCACUGAGGAAUUCAAGAUUUUUCAGAACCCAUGAGGUGAUCGGCAGCUCGCUCCUCUUUGUCCAUGACCCUAGCAGCAUGGCCAGCGUGUGGAUGAUAGACUUUGGGAAGACGACCCAAGUGCAUGACACAAUCAAGCUCCGACACAACAUCCCGUGGGUUGAGGGGAGCAGGGAGGAUGGCUACCUCAUUGGCCUGACCUCCCUCAUCACGUCUUUGAGCCAGGCCAUCAGUGCGGCCUCCUUUCACAAGGAGGAGAGCGGCAGAGAGGAGGAGAGCAUUAUAAUGAAGCAGACUGAGGAAUGUGGUUGAGACUACCCUUAUGAGACACUAAAAUGCACCAGCAGAUGGACAAUGCUUGUGCUGUUACCCCACUGAACUUCAUUUCCUUCACCGAAAGGGAGGAUUUGUUUAAUGGAAAAUUUGUCUUCCCUGUUUCUUUCCUUUGUGAAGGACGUAGACUCUAGGUCCUCAGCAUCAGAGAUUAUAUACCAAGAAUUGCCUCCUCGUUUUAUUCAUCCUUUUGUUCAUACAACAUCUUUAGUACCAUGUAAAAUGUAAGACUGAAAUGAUAGCGACAAGCAAUACUAAUACUCUGGAUAAAGAAAAUCAAAAGCAUAUUUUCCUAUCAAACUUAUCAAUA